GGUUGCUUUGACUACACAAAUUCAUAAAAAAACAACAACCUCAGAGUCGCAUAAUUAACUAAUACUGAUCGAUACUUAAGAUCCUGUUUAAUCUGACCGGUGACCCGUUCACUCGCCGAAUACCACACUCUUCGAUUAUUCCGUCUCAUCUACGAAUUCAGAUAAGAUGGCCAAGGAGACGAAGCUCUACGAGGCCCUUGGUGUUUCGCCAACUGCGACAGACCAAGAGCUCAAGAAGGCAUACAAGACAAGCGCCUUAAAGUGGCAUCCCGAUAAGAAUGCACACAACCCGGCUGCUGAAGAGAAGUUCAAGGAGAUUUCACAUGCAUACGAAAUUCUAUCCGACCCCCAGAAGCGCCAGAUCUACGACCAAUAUGGUGAGGCUGGCCUUGAGGGAGGCGCCGGCGGUGGUGGUAUGGCUGCCGAGGAUCUAUUCGCCCAAUUCUUCGGCUCCGGUUCUUUCGGUGGCGGUCUCGGAGGCAUGUUUAGUGGGAUGGGCGGGGCACCCCGCGGCCCCCCCAAGGCACGGACUAUCCACCACACACACAAGGUAUCUCUAGAGGAUGUCUACCGAGGUAAGAUCUCGAAGCUUGCCCUGCAGCGAUCCGUAAUCUGCAGCAAGUGUGAGGGCCGAGGUGGUAAGGAAGGUGCUGUGCGGCGUUGCCCUGGCUGUGAUGGCCACGGUAUGAAGACGAUGAUGCGGCAAAUGGGUCCCAUGAUUCAACGCUUUCAAACGGUUUGCCCUGACUGUAACGGUGAGGGUGAGAUUAUUAAGGAGAAGGACCGUUGUAAGGGUUGCAAUGGAAAGAAGACCGUUGUUGAUAGGAAAGUACUUCACGUCCACGUCGACCGCGGUGUCAGAAGCGGCACCAAAGUUGAGUUCAGGGGCGAAGGUGAUCAGGCUCCGGGUGUCCAGGCCGGAGACGUCGUCUUUGAGAUCGAGCAGAAGCCCCAUCCUCGAUUCACCCGGAAAGAAGAUGACCUAUUAUACCGCGCCGAGAUCGAUCUUGUUACGGCCCUUGCUGGUGGUACAAUCUACAUUGAGCAUCUGGAUGACAGAUGGCUGAGCGUUGAAAUCCUACCCGGCGAGGCUAUCGCACCAGAUACUGUGAAGAUGCUACGUGGCCAGGGUAUGCCUUCGCCCAGACACCACGACUUUGGCAACAUGUACAUACAGUUCUCUGUUAAGUUCCCCGAACGUGGUUGGACAGACGACGAGGCCGCUUUCGAAGCUUUACGUAAGAUCCUCCCCUCUCCUCCGGUACAGAACAUCCCUCCUGCAGACGCUAUGACGGACGAUGUGAGUCUGGAGGAUCUAGACAAUCAAGGGCAAGCACGAGCAUUCGGUGGCGCCAGUGCUAUGGAUGAGGAUGAUGAGGACGGACACCCACACGCCGAACGCGUUCAGUGUGCCUCCCAAUAAACAGUCUGUCAAGCUGGCCAGUUCAUUCCCAGAAUACUUCGACUAUACGAAGUUUGAUGAUUCGCAUAAUAUACGGACGCCGUC